CCCUUUUUAAAAAUUUUGGCCACUGUUCUCCGUACGGGGGCUUCUGUCUGUCUGGCUGGCUGGCAGGCUGGCUUGGCCCCCUCUUUCCCACGGAGCCCGAGCCGGGCGCCCGGUGGGGAGUGGGGAGUGGGUGGGGGGGGAGCCAGCAGAGUUCCAUUUUGGAACGCCCCUGUGCCGCGUCUCUGCGUUCCCAGCCCGGGUCCCCGCGCUCCCAGCCCCCGGCGCAGGUCUUGACGCACUGACUGCUCUGGAGUCAAAGUAAAAAGAUUCCCAGGAUGUAAGCAACAUGGGAACUGAUUCUUUCCCUUAUAGAUUAUAGCAGCAUAUUGAGGACAGUUCCCUGUGCUAUAAAGUAUGAUGCUGCCUCUUGCGUUCUGCCGUUGGAACAGUUAGUUUUCUGUGCUGAAAGCAUUUCGGGAAACUCAAGCACUAGACUUCAGCGUUCAAGGGAAGCCAAAGCCAUUGGAGGGGGCAAUCAAGCCAAAAACCUUUUAUCUGAGUAGUCCCAAAAAUUUCACUGCCCCUUCCCCAUCCGCCCCCAUCCCCCAAAUAAGCCAUUGCACACAGACAGGCAACAUGGCAAGCAAACGAAAAUCCACCACCCCGUGCAUGGUUCGGACAUCACAAGUGGUAGAACAGGAUGUGCCCGAGGAAGCAGACAGGGCCAAAGAGAAAGGAAUUGGCAUGCCACAGCCUGAAUCAGCCAAGGACACUUGGGCCGCGGAACCUGAAAACUCUUCCAAAGAAAAUGAAGUGAUAGAGGUGAAAUCUACAGGGGAAAACCAAUCCAAAAAGCUCCAAGGUGGUUACGAAUGCAAAUACUGCCCCUACUCCACACAGAACCUGAACGAGUUCACGGAGCACGUUGACAUGCAACACCCCAACGUGAUCCUCAACCCCCUCUACGUGUGUGCCGAAUGUAACUUCACAACCAAAAAGUACGACUCCUUGUCUGACCACAACUCCAAGUUCCAUCCCGGGGAGACCAACUUCAAGCUGAAGCUCAUCAAGCGCAAUAAUCAGACCGUCUUGGAGCAGUCCAUCGACACCACCAACCACAUCGUGUCCAUCACCACCAGUGGCCCCGGAAGCGGGGACGGUGACCCCGGGAUCUCAGUGAGUAAAACCCCCAUCAUGAAGCCAGGGAAACCGAAAGCUGAUGCCAAGAAGGUGCCCAAGAAGCCGGAGGAGGCCACCCCCGAGAACCACGUGGAAGGGACCGCCCGCCUGGUGACGGAUGCCGCUGAGAUCCUCUCGAGACUCGGGGGCGUGGAGCUCCUUCAGGACUCGCUAGGACACGUCAUGCCUUCUGUCCAGCUUCCACCAAAUAUCAACCUUGUCCCCAAGGUCCCCGUCCCACUGAACACUACCAAAUACAAUUCUGCCCUGGAUACCAACGCCACCAUGAUCAACUCCUUCAACAAGUUCCCCUACCCAACCCAGGCAGAGCUGUCCUGGCUGACGGCGGCUUCCAAACACCCAGAGGAGCACAUCAGAAUCUGGUUUGCCACUCAGCGCUUAAAGCACGGCAUCAGCUGGUCCCCGGAGGAGGUGGAGGAGGCCCGGAAGAAGAUGUUCAACGGCACCAUCCAGUCCGUCCCCCCAACGAUCACCGUGCUGCCUGCUCAGUUGGCCCCCACGAAGAUGUCACAGCCCAUCCUCCAGACGGCUCUCCCAUGCCAGAUCCUCGGCCAGACCAGCCUGGUGCUGACUCAGGUGACCAGCGGGCCAGCGACCGUCUCCUGCUCCCCCAUCACGCUCGCUGUGGCUGGAGUGACCAACCACGGCCAGAAGAGACCUCUGGUGACUCCCCAGGCUGCCCCCGAGCCCAAGCGCCCCCACGUCGCUCAAGUGCCAGAGCCCCCACCCAAGGCGGCCAACCCCUCGCUGACCCCGGCCAGCGAUCGCAAGAAGACCAAGGAGCAGAUAGCGCACCUGAAGGCGAGCUUCCUGCAGAGCCAGUUCCCCGACGACGCUGAGGUCUACCGGCUCAUCGAGGUGACCGGCCUCGCCAGGAGCGAGAUCAAGAAGUGGUUCAGCGACCACCGGUACCGGUGUCAACGGGGCAUCGUCCACAUCACCAGCGAAUCCCUCGCCAAAGACCAGCUGGCCCUCGCCGCCUCCCGCCAUGGCCGCACGUACCACGCGUACCCAGACUUUGCCCCACAGAAGUUCAAAGAGAAAACCCAAGGUCAGGUGAAGAUCCUGGAAGACAGCUUUCUGAAAAGCUCUUUCCCAACCCAAGCAGAACUGGACAGGCUGCGGGUGGAGACGAAGCUGAGCCGGAGAGAGAUCGACUCCUGGUUCUCGGAGAGGCGCAAGCUUCGGGACAGCAUGGAGCAGGCCGUCCUGGAUUCCAUGGGGUCCGGCAAGAAAGGGCCAGAUGCGGCGGCCCCCAACGGUGCCCUGUCCCGCCUUGACCAGCUCUCCGGUGCCCAGCUGGCCAGCUCUCUGCCCAGCCCCUCACCAGCGAUUACAAAAAGUCAAGAGCAGGUUCAUCUCCUGAGGAGCACAUUUGCCCGAACCCAGUGGCCAACCCCGCAGGAGUAUGACCAGCUGGCAGCCAAGACGGGCCUGGUGCGAACUGAAAUCGUGCGCUGGUUCAAGGAGAACAGAUGCUUGCUCAAAACUGGAACCUUGAAAUGGCUAGAGCAGUACCAGCCGCAGCACGUGGCAGACGAUCACGGCUACGAUGCCCCAUCAAGGAAAGUGGUCAAGACCGUCAUCACCGAGAACCCGAAGAACGGGAGUGAGGGGGGUCAUCAGUACUACAAGGACCCCAAAAAGCUCUGUGACGAGGACCUGGAGAAGCCAGGACCCAGAGGGAAGGCAGGUGGCGAACAGACGAAAGACAGUUUGCCGGCAAAGCCCUCGGAGGCCACGUCGGACCGGUCGGAGGGCAACAGCCGGGACGGCCAGGCCAGCGAUGAGAAUGAGGAGUCGGGCGUCGUGGAUUGGGUGGAGGUGACGGUUGGAGAGGAGGACGCCGCCUCCGACAGGUCGGACAGCUGGAGUCAGACGGCGGCAGAAGGCACGGGGGAGCUGGCUGACUCGGACUCGGAUAGCGGCCCAGCGGAAGCCAGCCAGGCCUAGACAGGGAAGUCCAUCAGAACUGCCGUGCUGAUGCAGGGAAUAAUCUGUCUUCAGAGAAAGAAGAGAACGUCCCUCCCCAGCUGAGGGCCGCCCUGGCCUGAGACUCCGAGUGGAACGACUUUGCUGCGUGUGCCUGCCGCUGCCUUGGCGCACACGCAUCUCCCCGAGGCCCGGUGGGAACUGCUCCUAGUGCCAAAGUCCUACCACUGCGUUUUCCACGGGUCCCUGUAAAUAGUUGGCUCCUGCGCCCAGGCCCCCACCUCUUGCUAUACUGGAACCAAUUUGUACAACAUGGGAAUUUUGUUACCUUUUUAACUGAGGGCAACUUCCUUUUCCAGCUCUACCAUUGUAAGGUCUUUUUUCCAGGAGGGAGGGCUGAUCACAUGUGCUUUUCUCUUUUUUUCCUUUCUUUUUUUAUUUUUAUUAAUUUUGGGGAGGGGGGUUUUAGCAUUAGUGCCAUUAUAUCUACUGGAUUUUAGGUAGGGCGAGUUCGUUUUUUAAAGAUAGUUUGCAAUUUGCGAGAUUUCUUCCGGGGAAAAGGGCUGGGAUUCAGGCCUCUGUCUGAGCUUGGAGAGGGGUUUACGGAUGACAGAUCUUCCAAAUCAAAUCCAUUUCUAUAGUUCUUCCCCAGCUGCCCUUGGGGGGUCCCUGUUUAGCCACGCACAAGGCUUUCUGAAGUGCCCCCAGGCCAGUCUGGUUUUUUCUGAUGGCCUGGCCUCUGAGGUCAACCCUUGGGCCAGGAGAACUGGGUGGCAGGUGGCUACCCUCUGAGCCCCUUUUUAGAAACCAGCAGAAAGGGCUCACAAGUGCAUUAGCGUUAUCAUUAAUUUUGUGAAAGUAAAACAAAGAGAGAUUGUGCUAUCUAGGUAGUACAAAGAUGAACAGCUUUGAUUUUCAUUUCUGUUCCUAACUGCCUUUUCUCAGUGUGGUAUUGGACAAGAUUUCAGCUUGAAGCUUCACCACGAAUUGAUUUUUUCUUUGUUUUGUUUGUGUGUUUGUUUUGGGCCAAUUUUAGAUUCAUGAGUGCACUUUUUUUUCUCAGUUAGUCCUAACUUCUAAAGAAGAAAAACCAAGAGACACAUCUGGUGUAAAUGUUGCAAUAUAAAUUGUGUUUGCAGUCCCCUCCCCCCAUCCCACUGCCUCCUAUUUGAGUACACUGCACAAAUAAAAUGUUAGGGAGUUUAAAAAAGAAAAAAAAAAACAAUUUUUCUAACUUGUUGCUCAUUUGUUGUAACUCAAUAAAGCAAAGACUAAACAUU